UACACAGUUUCAGUCCGUCAAGCUCCACGAACUCUUGACAUAUAGAAAAACAAAUUUUAACCACAGCUGACAUUAUAAAGCAAAAUGCUGAAAGCGUUCAUUUUCCUUUCCGUUGUUUACCUGUUUUCACAAGCCAGUUGUGCUGAGUGGGACGACAUUAACUACGACGAAGAACUCGGAGACUCGAGCAGAAAGGCAGUCGAGUCCUCUCCCAACUCAUACAAAUUUCUCGUUUAUCCUUGGCAACAAUGGAAUCCCCAUUUCUACCAGCCAAUCGCUCAAAACCUACACGUACCGAUUGGUGACGUAGACCAUCCACUCAUCAAUGGCGAUUUGGAUGGCCAUUCCAGUCUGUUUCGGCAAUUCGGCUCUCUUGAAAGUCCUUUCUUUCCUUCAAGCCCAUCGAGUCUUCCUUUAAAUCCAUCAGGCUUUCCAUCGAAUCCGUCGCUCUUGCCCGUCAGCCAGCCCAACCCAGCUAACCAACCAUUCGAUGCUGUUAUUAUCGAAAGCGGAAUACGACAAGAACUUAUUGGCGAAAGCUGCAGAUCACUAUCUAGGGAGAUGGGUAACUGUUUUGACAGUACAACGUGCACAACAAUCGGUGGUCGAGCCAGUGGUUUAUGCACCAACGGCCUCGUUUGCUGCAUCAAUGCGGUGAACACCUGCGAUGAUGGAUUGGCACGACUAGGUGACACAGUCACGUUAAACAAUACUUAUUGGCAAUCACCGUUAAGAACAUUCGCUACGUCUUCCAGCUGUACGUUGACAGUCAAGUUGGACUCGACGUUGCCUGAACAGAAUAACGUGGCCAUUUGCCAAGUUCGGCUGGAUUUGGUUUUGUUUGAGAUCUCUCAACCAGACGCUCAAAGCGUGUGCGCUAACGAUUAUUUUGACGUAGCCGGAGCUACUAAUAUAGUCCCAUCCAUAUGUGGAUUCAACAACGGACAACACAUGUAUCUCCAUGUGCCACCCUCACCGACUGAUGUUCAAUUGACGUUCAAUUUCGGACCGUUAGACACUGACGUUCGCCGUUGGAACAUUUUAAUUGCCAUGAUCCCUUGCAAUUCUAAACUCCUAGCGCCAUCGGAUUGUCUCCAAUAUUUCACCACUCGUACGGGAACCGUAAAAACGUUCAACUGGCGAGAUGUUACGGGCACGGACACCCGUCAAUUAGCCAAUCAAGGAUACAGCAUCUGUUUCCGAUCAGCAUUGACCCAGCGACAAUUGUGUUUGACACCGUGCACCGUAGUCACGACACAAAAGGCAUUCAGUAUCAGCGUGGCAAGAACCGUUGAUAUAGCGGCUACGGCUACCCCAGGUGCGAGUCAACUAGGCUCCCUUAACUGCAAUAAUGACUUCCUCAUUAUUCCGGGUGGUUUCAAUAUCGGCAAUCCUACGCCUGUGGCCAACAUGGCUUUCGAUCGCUACUGCGGAGAGAGACUUAAUGCCAUUCCUGGAAGCACUUUAUCAACCACCGUUUGCAGUAUGGUAAAGCCGUUUAGAAUCGUGUAUCACGCUAAUCGUGACGAAACGUUGACUAUACCAACGGCGGACACACUAACGGCCGGAAACAUCGGAUUCUGUCUCAGUUUCCGUAUUCAAUAAUGAAUUUUCUUAUGGUCGAUGUAUAAUUUUUACUCUGCCAAUUUGCCAUUUAAAAAAUACUAUGCGCAUUCGGUGAUAGUUUAAAACAAAAAUGGGUCUUAUGUUUAUUGAGUUGUCGGUUAUGUAUUACACGCUUUUGCACCUGUA